AAAGUCAAAGUAAAUAAUUGCGUAUACUCAUAUAGAUAAUGCAAGUACGGACACACUUGUUACACCCACCGAGGAAAAAUGGGCUCAGUGGAAAUCGAGGCUCCCAAAACCUCCGAGGAAGAUGAGCUCUCUCCGAUAGAGCAAGUCCGGUUAACCGUACCGAACACGGACGACCCGACCCUGCCGGUAUGGACCUUCAGAAUGUGGGUCCUCGGCGUCUUCUCCUGCGUCCUCCUCUCCUUCCUCAACCAGUUCUUCGGCUACCGGAAGGAGCCUCUGGUCAUCACCCAGAUCACCGUCCAGGUGGCAACCCUCCCCAUCGGGCGGUUCAUGGCCGCCGCCCUGCCCGCGACCAAGUUCAGGAUCCCCGGGUUCGGGUCGAGGGAGUUCUCGUUGAACCCGGGCCCGUUUAACAUGAAGGAGCACGUGCUGAUCACCAUAUUUGGGAACGUGGGGAGUGGGACGGCUUACGCAGUUGGGAUAGUUACCAUCAUUAUUGCUUUUUACCGCAGGAGUAUCUCUUUCUAUACUGGCUGGCUUCUCAUUAUUACCACUCAGGUGCUUGGAUAUGGAUGGGCUGGACUUCUCAGGAAAUACGUAGUGGAGCCAGCUCAUAUGUGGUGGCCCAGCACCCUCGUUCAAAUCUCACUCUUCAGGACACUUCAUGAAAAGGAAAACGAAGAGGACAAGCGGUACAUGUCACGCGCAAAGUUUUUUGUGAUUGCUCUCACUUGCAGUUUUUUAUGGUACUUCUUCCCUGGUUACCUAUUCCAGACUCUGCAAAGCAUAUCAUGGGUAUGUUGGGUCUUUCCCAAAUCUGUUACCGCCCAACAAAUAGGGUCUGGAAUGAACGGGCUUGGACUAGGAGCCCUGACACUAGACUGGGCCACAAUAGCCUCAUUUUUGUCCAGCCCACUCAUAAGUCCAUUCUUUGCCAUUGCCAACAUCUUUGUUGGGUACACAUGUGUGAUGUACAUUGUGAUUCCCUUAUUUUAUUGGGGAUUUAAUGUUUAUAAUGCCAAGAACUUCUCCAUUAUCUCAUCUGACUUGUUUACAGCACAAGGUCAACAGUAUAAUAUAUCAGCUAUUGUUAAUAAUAAGUUUGAGCUUGAUGAGGCUCAAUAUGCUAAGCAAGGAAGAAUCCAUUUAAGUACCAUGUUUUCUUUGGCCUAUGGAUUUGGAUUUGCCACUAUUGCAUCCACACUAUCUCAUGUAGCCAUCUUUUAUGGAAGAGAAAUAUAUGAACGAUAUAGAGCAUCUACAAAGGGAAAAGUGGAUAUACAUACGAGAUUGAUGCGAAACUACAAAGACAUACCUUCUUGGUGGUUUUACAUACUUCUUUUAGUGACGAUGACGGUGUCACUUGCACUAUGCAUCUUCUUGAAAGAUGAGGUUCAGAUGCCUUACUGGGGACUUCUCUUUGCAGCUGCUAUUGCUUUCGUGUUUACCCUCCCCAUUAGUAUCAUUACAGCCACCACAAACAUGACACCGGGACUAAAUAUAAUUACAGAAUACAUAAUGGGGAUAAUAUAUCCUGGAAAACCUAUAGCUAAUGUGUGCUUCAAGACGUACGGUUACAUGAGCAUGUCUCAAGCUGUAUCCUUCCUCAGUGAUUUCAAGCUGGGUCAUUAUAUGAAGAUCCCUCCUAGAUCAAUGUUUUUGGUUCAGUUCAUUGGAACCAUCAUUGCUGGAACAACAAAUAUGAUUGUUGCAUGGUGGCUCUUGCACUCAGUUGACAACAUAUGCCACCAGACCAAGUUCUCAAACAGCCCAUGGACCUGCCCGGGUGACCACGUCUUCUUUGAUGCUUCAGUCAUCUGGGGACUCGUUGGGCCAAAGAGGAUAUUCGGGUCGCUCGGGAACUACUCCGCCCUUAACUGGUUCUUUCUGGGCGGGCUAAUGGGUCCCAUUAUAGUAUGGGCUUUACACAAGGCAUUCCCUUCCCAGUCCUGGAUCACCUUCAUCAACCUCCCUGUUCUUUUCGGAGCCACCCAUAGCAUGCCUCCCGCGUCUUCCUUAAACUACACCUCUUGGAUUCUGGUGGGGACCGUCUUCAACUUCUUCGUUUUUAGGUACCGGAAGAAGUGGUGGCAGAGGUAUAACUAUAUCCUGUCAGCAGCGUUAGAUGCCGGCGUUGCUUUCAUGGCAGUCUUUCUGUACUUCGUCGUUGGGUUGGAGAAUAGAAGUGUGACAUGGUGGGGGACCACUGACCCUGAGCAUUGUGAUCUUGCCACUUGCCCCACUGCCAAAGGCAUAUCUAUUGAUGGUUGUCCUACAUUUUAGCUUCAAGUUUGCAUAGCAUGUAAGGUGGGUAUAGCCUCUAAGGCUGUAAAAAGAAAUCAAUUUGUAUGUAAAAUAUCUGUAUUGAAAUUUAUUUGAAAACAAUUUAUCACAAUGGAAUCCAUUUUAUUCUUUUGCACUGUAAAUUAAUAGACAUGCUACGAAAAGACACUUUUAAUGACAAUUAG